AUGGUUGACGCUACGCCCACCGCUCAAGCCGACUUCCAAGAGUCCGGCGUUCGUCGGCUUCCACAAGAGUUCAACAUGACCUGCUCCAUCUGCCAGUGCUGCAGCAAUAAGGCUGCGCAACGCCAAGGUGGCUGUGUCGUCACUAUUGCUUGCCAACAUGUAUUCCACUACAAGUGCCUAGAGACUUGGCUCGCCACCAACAAGACUUGCCCGUCGUGCUCUACUAUUCUACACCUGAAGGAUGAUCCAUCCAAGACCUUCGCCAACCCGGAGACUCCACCCGGCUUCUUCGAGACCGGAGUCAAGUACACCAAAUUCCCACUGGGCCCGAAGUGCAGCAUUUGCGAAAAGAGAGAAAUCGGAUACGAGGAUAGGGCCGUUAGGAUAAUCAAGUGUGGCCACAUCUUCCAUGACACCUGCUUGCGAGUCCGCACCCUUGAUCACGACAGGUGCCCAACAUGCCGCGCCAGGCUCUUCAACGGGGAUCCGUGGGAGUACCUGAGUACGACGGACUUCGACGAGGUUUGCCACUUCGUCCACAUGGAUGCGCACUUGGAGCCGAAGGCCUAG